UGACAGCCCAGGGUUAACACCCGCCCACUUCUCAACUUUACCUCCACGGCGCUCCGCUACACUGGACAGACAGGCCAACAAAUCCGGUAGAAUUAUAAUAUAGUAUUUCAUUUAUCGGUUGUUUUAUUUGUCUGGAGAUGGAGUUGCAGGUUCCACCGAGCGACGGGGGCUACGAGCUGUCCGUGGUUGACAUGCACACGGGCGGCGAGCCGCUGCGGGUCAUCCUGAGCGGGUACCCCGCCGAGAUCCCCGGCGACAACUUGCUGUCAAAGCGGCGUCACGUCAGGGAGAACCUCGACCACCUCCGGCGGGCGUUGAUGUUCGAGCCCCGGGGCCACUACGACAUGUACGGGGCGCUGCUGGUGCCAAGCGAGCUCCCGGAGGCGGACAUAGGGGUGCUGUUCAUGCACAACGAGGGCUACAGCACCAUGUGUGGACACGCCGUCAUCGCGCUGGGACGUUUCGCCCUGGACUACAAGCUGGUGAAAGAGCCACGUUCCCCGGAGACCCAAGUCAACAUCCACUGUCCCUGCGGGCUCGUCAAGGCCUUCGUCGAGUACUCGAACGGGAAGACCGGUGGCGUGAGGUUCCACAGUGUGCCCGCGUUUGCCUUUGCAACAGAUGUCUCCGUGACAGUGGAGGGAUUCGGGGAGGUUGUGGUGGACAUCAGCUAUGGAGGGGCUUUCUACGCCUUUGUGAGUGCCCAGAGGUUCGGCCUGGACGUGAGUCAAUCCAGGACCCGGGAUCUGGUAGAUGCAGCUACCGCAGUUACAAAGGCUGUGAAGUCCCAGGUGAAACUUCACCAUCCGACCAGUGAAGACCUAGCAUUCCUCUAUGGCACCAUCAUCACCGACGGCAAUGAUGCGUACUCCUCCGAGCCCACGGCCAACAUGUGUGUGUUUGCUGAAGCUCAGGUGGACCGGAGCCCGACUGGUUCUGGGGUCACGGCCCGCAUCGCCCUCCAGCACCACAGGGGUCAGAUUGGUCUGAACCAGACCCGGGCCUUCAGGAGCGGAGCCACGGGGUCAGAGUUCACCGGGAAGGCCGUCCAGGAGACGACGUGUGGAGACUUCAAGGCGGUGGUAGUGGAGGUCGCAGGACGGGCGUUCUACACCGGCGUGUCACGCUUCGUCCGGGAGAAUGACGACGGGCUCUCCAACGGUUUCCUCCUCAAAUGAUCGCCAAUGUAAUUCAGGCUACACCGUGUGAAUAAUUGUGCCUUUUUUAAAUAAACAUCAACGUCAAAACAUCCUUUUGGACGAGCAGUAAUAUAAGGUCAAGCAGGUCUGC